UCAGAAUGAUAUUGACAGGUAUACUGGAGCUAUGGAUACUUUAUUACUUUCCGUUGGUUACUGAUUUAUUGUCGCCUUUAAUAAUACAAUCUUGCUCUACUGCUGUAGAGCACCCGCCAAUUUUUGCCCUUGUUUCACACACGUUAUCAGACAUCUAGUUCUAGCAAGUAUGGAGUAGAUACUGUGUAACGUUCAACUUCAUGUUAAAUCUUUAUUUCUGGUUUGCAUACAGGGAUGUCUGUUGGAAUAGGUAAUAGCUAGUUGAAAAUUUUUGGUUGACAAAUGUUUUAUUGAAGUUGCAUUUGAGGUAUUUUCAAGAUUUUAAACAUUGGAAACCGAUAUCAAGUUGAUACUAUUAUAGGACAUGUUGGUGCCUGGCAUGGGCUUAAGUUUACACCCAUCAGAGUAAUGCAGGCAAAUGAAGCUUAUGGAAAAAAAUGCUGGGAUAGGAACUUAUUUCUUUCAGCAAGUAGAUAAAUGUGUGAGCUGAGAAUAAUCGAGGUGCAUUAUGGAGGAUAAUUCCUCAUGGUCUUUUAAGUAUAGCACGGUACUAACACGUCUGCAAAGUAAUAGAAUGACUUCCUAGUAAAUUUGUCAUGAUUAAAAGAGCUGCGAACUAUGUCUCUUAAGAGUUCUCUGAGAGUCGUGUCCGGUCAUAUCCGACAUGGGCUUUGUGCUAUAUGUGUGCAACUAGUGAUGUAAAUAAGAACUGAGUAGUGAUGUAGAAUCUUUGCUAGAUGAUGUGUUAGAAGGGUUACUGAUGUGAGAGCGGAAAUAUCUUGUAAAUAUUCAAGCACAUUUUGUGCUACAUAUAUAAUACUUACCCUUUCUCAAAACAACUAGGCAACCCCUUAGAAACUGGACUCUUAGAAGUGCGGCUCUUUGCCUAAGCACCUGCAAGGAUAGCAAAACAAAAUUGAUACUUAUUCGUCGAGAGUCAAAUUUAAACUUCGUAGAAUAUGAAAUCAUGGUCAUCUUGGUUCCUGUUAGAAAGAAAAACACCUCCACUUGGGUUGUUGAUUCAUAUUAUGCUCUUAUUUCAAAGCAGAAGAUUUCUUGUGCUUGAAUUUGUAAUUUUCGAUCCUCAUAAGGUGAACUUAUGCAGAUUGCCGAAUUUGCGUUUGGAAUGCUAUUGAUGGUAGCUUGGUGCACUCCUUGACUGGUCACACACAGUCUACUUAUGUUCUGGAUGUUCAUCCUUUCAACCCCAGAAUCGCAAUGAGUGCUGGUUAUGAUGGGAAAACCAUCCUGUGGGAUAUAUGGGAGGGGAUCCCCAUCCGCACAUAUGAUAUAGGACGCUUUAAGUUGGUUGAUGGAAAGUUUUCACAGGAUGGAACAUCAAUUGUUCUUUCUGAUGAUGUUGGACAAAUAUAUUUAUUAAAUACAGGCCAAGGCGAGUCUCAAAAGGACGCUAAAUAUGAUCAGUUCUUCCUUGGGGAUUACCGACCCCUCAUCCAGGAUGCGCAGGGGAACGUUCUUGAUCAGGAGACACAGCUAGCUCCGUAUCGGAGGAACAUGCAAGAUCUUCUUUGUGACGCAAGUAUGCUUCCAUAUCCUGAACCAUACCAGAGUAUGUACCAGCGACGCCGCUUGGGAGCUCUGGGUACUGAGUGGCGUCCUCCUUCAGUUAAAUUUUCUGUAGGCACAGACGCUAAUUUGAGCCUAGGGUACCAUGUUUUGCCCGUGGCUGACUUGGACAUAAUAGCUGAACCUCUGCCAGAGUUUAUCGAUACCCUUUUCUGGGAGCCAGAUAAUGAUAUUCUAAAUGAUGAGACUGAUUCAGAAUACAAUAUGAAUGAAGAGGUUUCUACUGAAGGAGAACAUGAAUGUGUAAGAGACAGCUCUUCUAGCGCUUCAGUGUGUAGUGAAGAAGAGAAGAUGAGACGGAGUCAUAAAGAUAGCCUGCGCAGAUCAAAAAGGAAAAAAUCUGUAUCAGAAGUGGAAGUCACAUCAUCUGGAAGACGUCUUAGGAAGAAAGUUAAGGAUGACGAUGUUGGCACUUCAUCUAGAAGUCUUAGAACUAGGAAAUCAAAAAAUGGGCGAAAAGCUACCACUAAAAGGAAGUCAACUAAACUAAAGUCAUUAAGACCUCAGCGAGGAGCUGCACAUCCUGCUAUUGUCCGUUAUCAUUCUGACAGCUCUUCAGAUGAAGAAGAUGAAGGUAGCUCUGAGGAUGAUUCAUUGGAAACUGAGUCACCAGAAUGUUGGUCAAGUGAUCAGAGCAUUGAAUCUGAUGACAAGCUGCCGAGCAAACAACAGAACUAUUCAACAGGUGGAUCUGUGGAUGUACCUCCUAAAUCUGCUGAACCUCAAACAAACGGUGAGAACAAAAGGAGAUUAGUCCUGAAAUUGAAAAUUCGUGAUGCUAAGAAGCUUGAGUUAUCAAAAGACACUGCAACUCAGUGUGGUGACCAAGCUGAUAAGUCACGUUCUUCUCAAGCUAGUGAAGAGAUAAUUGAAGAUAAUCUGGUUAACCUUAGAUUAAAGGAGCCAGGAUCAUACUCUGCAGAUGAAAUUGGCAUGGAACUGUCUGAGAAAUACAAUAAAACUGGUAUUAUGGUUAAUGACAAGGAACACAAAGGUGUUCUGGGUGAGCAUGCCAAUUUUUCUGCCAGUGUAGAUAUCCAAAGUCUGGCCGAUAAUUUAAUAACUGAGGCUCAAACAAAUCGGGGACAGCUUGAAGCUAGCAGAUCGACUGCUGGAAAUGGUCCACGAGAUGCAGCAUGUUCCUCAGGAGGUGGUAAAAGUUCAUUAUUUCAGUUGUCAUCGUCACCUAGUCAUCAGCCACAGCAAAUAGGCAUCGGUCCAGGAUCAAACAAGCUGACUACCACCAACGACAAUCCUGAAGUAAACCCAAAACCUAGAGUGAAGACAACCAUAAUAAAGAUAAAAGCAAAGAAAGUUUCCAGGGAUUCUCAAGCUCAUUGUGAAUUUAAUCGUCCUACAGAUGCUUAUUGUGGAGAUGAAUCAACAUCUAAAAUCUUUUCCCAUUUGGAACAAAACCAAGUUCCGGAAGUGCCAGAAACAGACAAUGGCCCUGAUAGAUUCGGUCAGAAAUUGCAUUGGGGUGUACUGACGGACGAUACUGUUGACAGAAGCAAGUCUCAUGGAUCUAGAAGGCGCUUACUUCGCAGUCAUGAUAUUAGUGGAAGUACUUCCGAUGCUUGUAUUGAUCAUGACGAAUCAGGUUCUGAAUUCCCUCAUGCCGCUACUGAUGCAGCACGUAGAAAGAGAUCCUUAAGAUUUACUGCAAUGUCAAGAGAUACAGCAUUCAGGAAAGAUGACGUAAAGAUAAGAGAGAACCAUGUAGCUGUAGGUUCAUCAAGAAAUGCAGAAAAGCUGACCAAGAGGGCUACGGGUUUUCUGCCAUUAGGAAGGACUUCAGCUAAUGUGUCCAACCGGUCAUCUACAGACAAUAAAGAGCAUUCUUCCAGGGCGGAAAAUGUUUUCUCAGCUGGAAUGAUCUUGAAUAAGGAAGUAAAAAAAAUGAAUUGGCUGCUAUUGUCAGAGCAUGAAGAGGGUUACCGCUACAUUCCUCAGAUAGGCGAUGAAGUAGUAUACUUCCGACAGGGGCAUCAAGAAUAUAUAGAAUAUAGCGAUUCAUUGGAGCCUGGUCCUUGGACAAAGAAUGCAGCUGUAUUCCGAGCUGUGGAAUUUUGUUUGGUUGAGAAUCUUAAUUACGCAACUCUUCCUGGCUCUGGUGAGAGUUGCUGUAAAGUUACACUUCAGUUCAUAGAUAGCACUUCCCCCGUCUUUGGACAGAAGUUUAAGCUAAAACUGUCUGAACUAGUUAACUUCCCUGACUUCAUUAUUGAGAGAUCUCGGUAUGAGACUGCAAUGGAGAGAAAUUGGUCAUACAGAGACAAAUGUCUUGUUUGGUGGAGGGAUGAGAGUGAUCAAGGUGGUAGGUGGUGGGAAGGUCGGGUAGUUUCUGUGAAAGCCAAAUCUGACCAGUUUCCUGACAGUCCAUGGGAAAGAUGCGGUAUCCUAUACAAAGACGAAUCAGAACCCCAUCCUCAUAGUCCUUGGGAACUACAUGAUAUAGAUAGUUCAUGGGAGCAACCUCAUAUUGACUUGGAAAGCAAAAACAGAGUUUUGUCUUCUAUCACCGAGCUACUGCAUUCAGCAAGCAGAAAUCAGGAUUUCUUUGGGAUUCUAAAAUUGAAACAAGUUGCUGGAAAACUGGAUUUUGUGAAUAGGUUCCCUGUUCCUCUAUCACCUGAUAUAAUCCAGUUAAGGUUAGAGAACAACUAUUAUAGAAGCUUGGAAGCAAUGAAGCAUGAUUUCUCUGUGAUGCUAGCAAAUGGUGAGGCUUACUUUGCCAAAAAUAGAGAGCUUUCAGUGAAAAUGAAGCGUCUUUCAGAUUGGUUUAGUGAGACAUUGUCAGAUUUGUGAGGUCAUGCUUUCCCGUAGCUUGUUAUUUUUCCUCCCUUCAUCCAACUGCCCGGAGAUCCAAUUUUGUGGAUAGGAUCUUCUGUACCUACACUCGAGAAAUGUUGGCCUAGAGUGUUCUGUUGUAUGAUUAAGGUUUUAACGGAGUUGCUUUAACAUGAUAGUAUAUGGUGGGUUUGGAGUACAAUUUUCACAAGUACAAUAUGGACAUUCUUUAAUUUGCUACCUGACCAGAGCUUGAUGUAGUUAUGUUUCUUCUUGAGAAUGUCACAGUAACCAAACUUUCUUACGUUUAGAUAUAGUCUGUUGUUGUUCCGAUUCGAAUGUACGAACUUCAUAUGGGAAAUUGAAUGUAAGUAGUCAACUUUCUUCUAUAUAUAAGCAACUAGUCCGUUCAGCAA